AUGGAGAACCAACAAAAAUCCAAGUUAAACAUCAAACAGCGCUUUUCCUGUGGCCUCGGGAACGUUCUCAACGAAAUUUCCCGCCAAAUUUACAUUUCUUUUUCCAUCAUAUUUUUGAUGCGAGUGAUUGGUUUAUCGGCAUCCCAAGUCGGAUUGGCUAUGCUUAUUGGACAAAUAACUGACGCCUUUAUCUCUCCAAUAACUGGUUUCUUGGGCGACCGUGUGCAAAUUCCAUUUAUUUCCAAAAAGCUGGGUCGAAGGAAGUCGUGGCACUUAGUGGGAACGGUUAUGAUGGCCGGUGGACUUCCUCUUCUGUUCAAUCGGUGUUUGGUAUGCAACGAUUAUCAGGGUGUCAGUUGGUUGCAACCUUUUUACUAUUAUUGCGUCAUGGUUAUCAUAAAUGCAGCAGGCAACAUUCUGGAGAUCAAUCAUCUUUCAAUCACCUUCACUGCAGCUGGGACGGUGCAAGAAGGCGCAGCGUUAACUGCUAUAAGGUUACAGCAAUGACACUAUUUUUUUCACAAUUUCUUGAAUCUGAUUUUUUGGAUUCUGUUCUCUGACUGAAUGUGAUCUCACCAGUGGUUAUAAGUGUAUAUUGAUAAUCACCGCAGCUAAAACUGAAGGGUGCAUAUUUUUGCCUCCGCUUUUUUUUUAUUUUUCAAAUAUUUUUUUUCUUUUCCGCUUUGAAUCUCAAAUGGCACCUGAUCUGACAGGCUACCAUAACGUCAGUGAGUAAGUUCAGUUCAAGAAAUUUAAACCCAGACGUGGUAUAUAGGAAUAAAGAUACCCUCAUCCCGAAUUUAUGCUGUAAGAGUCGACCCUUUUUUUUUCUUUUCUUGUUUUUUUUCUGAUAUAGGACAGUCCUUAGUUUCGCUAGUGGAAUAUACCUUUAUGUGGUUGCCUGGGGACUGCUUGGUCAGGAUGGCGGAGACGAUCUAGGGCCGGAAAGUGUAACAAAGUUUGCAGUAAGUAUACCUAAAUACAGUGACGAUAUGGAAAUUACAUUGAUGAACAAAGCAAUCUAAUUGACUGGAUUAAUGAUGAUGAUAAUGAUGAGAUUGAAUUCAUAAUACCAUAUUGUUCCGGCGCCCAACCAAACGCACGUUUUUUUAUGGUCCCUGCAUUCUUUUUGAUAACUAGCUAGUGGAGCAGGUGUACUUCAUUUUUUAAAAAACCUAAAAACUUUUUCCAAGAGUAUUGUUAGGUACGUAUCUGCAAUAAAAGUUUAAAUUGAAAUAACACUAUAUUUAUGUUUAAAAAAACUCGUAUUUAAAUUAUUUUCAAAUGUUUACAUUUCUUUCCCUUUCGACGCAGCAUCUUGUAUGGAUUGUCACUGGUACAGGAAUAGUCUUUACAACCAUUUUCUAUAUUGGAACAAAGGAACCAGCCGUACGCCGUCUAAGAAAGAUCAGCACACUCAUGGAUCCAGUGGUAUGAAGCAACAUAAGAUAUCUAUUGCUCUGUCCUCGACGGUCUAGCUAUCUUUCUCAGCCCCUGGCCAUGGACGAUUCGCAGCCACGAUUUUUAUCGCAAGGAAGCGUAGUUGUAACUUUGUUGCGAUAUUGUUUCGGAUGAUUACAACAUUGUUUCAUUGCAACGCUCGCUGUUUUGCGCUGAAAAUCGCUGUUGCGAAUCCUUCCUGUUAUAACAUCACCUUUAAUCCGGUAUUAGAUGGACUUUUCCUGCAAAUUAUGACGUUGAUGUUCUUCCAAGGUUUGCCUGAUAUGUAUGUAUCAACACAAGAGAGAAUAAUCUCUCUUAAUUCACAUUGAUUUUCAUGAGAGCUUAAGCCAUGGUUCGCCGUUUUCGUCCACCGAUUGCAUUAACCUCGACCGCUCAGUUGUAUCUCAUUUUAAUAGACUCUAACUAGUGGUUUAUUAUCAAUGCUGCGUUCUGAUUGGUUAAGCCACUUCUAGACUAUAUGUUAUGGCCCACUAGUAGUGACAAGCGCCGGCUUUGAAAACCAAAACAAUAACGGCUGAAUUGUGUUUUGCUAGCUAAAGUUGUUUUGUCUCGAUAUUUUUGACCAACCAGUUGGAUUUUACUAAAACAACUAUUCCUCUGGCCCUCAUGGCCUCUGAGUCAAUAGCCCAUUCGAGCUCGAGGAAUAAUUGUUAAAUACCUAGUGCUGUUGCAAUUUGUAGUAAUCAUCGCAGUUUAUAUUACCUGUAACUAAGUCCGAUCACAUGUGGCAAUUCGCCACAAAACCGAGUCGCACUUAGUAAUUAAAAAAUGUCCACUUUGACACAUCUCCCCAGGAUGCCCAUCUCCCCUUGUUAGAAAAUAUCACCGUACAUAAAAGACUUAGAGUUUGUAACAAUUAAUCAAAUACCUACUCUUGCAUGUUGACAAGUGUAAAUAUCUAUAAGUUUUUGUCACGUCGACCAUGAAUUGUUUCCAGAAGAGUUUCACAGUGAUGGCAAUUUUAUGACAUGAAUAAAUCGUUUUUAUCUUUGGCCAGAACGGUGAAGGAUUAUUUCAGGCUAGCCAGUCUGUUUAUUCAAUGGUCUUCGAACAAGUUGAUGGUGAGUUGAAUGAAAUAGAUUACUCUACCUUUAGUUCCAAUCUUUCUGUUUUACUUUCGCCUCGCAGUGUACGUUGAGACAUGAGCAACGUUAAUAUUAGUAUAUUGAGGUCUAAUUUGUCGGUAAAAGGAGACUUUGUUAAUGUAACGAUACCCAAGAUGCAGCUCAAACUCGUACAUCAGCAGGGCCAAUUUAUUAAAACUUUUACAAGGCAUAGUGUAAUUUACAAGUGUUGCUAUUGUUUCCAUACUCUGACUAAAACAAUAGCUACGCUUAUUUGCAUGAUGGCGUCAUUUUACUACUAUGACCAGGAUCCUUCAGGGUUGUGCUUUCUUGUGCAAAGUAGGGCUUUUGUUAUUGAAACCUCACUAAGGCUACCAAAUUUAAAAAUGAAAAGAAAAUCCAAAAGAAUCCUGGUCGUAGUAGUAAAAUGACGCCAUCGUGCAAAUGGCCUAUUGCUUACAGUAUGUUCAUUGUUACGCGUCACAAGUAACAACCGAGUAAGGGUAUGGGCUCACGCCGGCAGAUGCUGUGAAAGCAGCGAAAACGUUCUUCCGAUAAUCCUGCCUUCUCGAUCAAUUCCUUGCGACAAGAAGUAGACGAUGAAGUCAACCAAAAAAGAAUAGCUCCCAUUAUGGGUUCCUGAUCUGGAGAGAUCCUGAAAACUAUAACCUCCCAACCUCCCUUAUGUUUCCAAACUGUCAGAGAAGGCAGCGGCUAAUCAGCUCAUUGACCAUAUGACAACUAAUGAUUUGCAUAUGCCACUCCAGUUCGCGUAUAAGCAAAACCAUAGCACCGAGUCAGCACUGCUCAAAGUAAAGAAUGAUAUUUUGUUGAAUAUGGAGGCGCAAGCGCCGCUUUUGACACUGUUCGACACGACACUCUUCUAAAUCGUUUAAAGUCGAGAUUUGGUGUGGAUGGCAAGGCUCUAGAAUAGUUUUCGUCGUACGUUGAGGAUCGUACACAGCGUGUCACUGUAAAUGAUGGCCUAAGGAGUUCCUCAAGGGAGUUGUCUCGGGCCUCUUCUGUUUACGGUCUGAAUCAGUAAGCUGUUUGAUAUCGUCAGCAAGCACCUCCCAAGUGUACACUGCCGCGCAGACGAAACACAGCUGUAUUUGGCAUUCAGUCCUGAUGUGCAAGGGGAGGACGAGGCCGCGCUGAAUGCUCUGCGUGACUGCAUACGUGAAUUGAGGGACUGGAUGAUUGAAGACCGACUGAUGUUAAACGAUGAACUGAACUGAUGCUUAUAGGUUCUAGGCAACAGUUACAGAAAGUCAAUUUGAAUGAUAUUACUGUAGGUGACACAGUCAUAGAGGCGACAUCAGUUGCGUGAAAUCUUGGGUCAUGGUUUCAUCGUAAUCUAGAUAUGUCAUCCCACAUCAUGACGAGAUUCAUAGAGAUCUGAAAUCACAGACCCCUGCUGAUGUUCGCCUAUUCAAUAGGCGAACAUCAGCAGGGGAGCUCUGUAGAAGUAAUCAACUUUUUACGGCUCAUUUGCUUGGAGGUGACAAAUUCUCAUAUCAACGGAAUUCCUGUACGUCAACAAGAUUUCGGUUCAACAAAAAACUCAACUACAAAUUAGCCGCAUUGGAAGUCUUUCUGCCGAACCGGAAUGCAUUUGCCUCUGUAGUGGCUUCUCUUAAAAUUUAUUGUACUUCGAGAAGAGUGAUUUUACGCACUUCUUACUGGGGAAUUUUCCACUGUAUAUUUUGUUUACUUGUAAGCGCCAGUUAUUUAACUGGUAUAUUACAAAAUCGCGUCAUAAUUAAGCCCUUUUCUGUUUAACCAACGCUUUUAUCAAACCCCAUUUAUCGUGAAUAAUUUCAAUACAGCAUAUAAGGCAGACUGGAAAACUAAAGCACUUAUUUUCUUAAACUAACCCACCAAGAAAGAGGCCUGGAGGUCCAAUGAUUUCUGAAACCGCGGCCUAAGGUAACACGUAAUGGUUUGAAAGUAAUGUCACUCUAUUUUCUUUUUGCCUCUCUCGCAAGUGAAAGUGAGAGUUCACAUAGACUGUGCGGUUUUCUCGAGUGCGUUUUAGAAGCUGCCUUAACGGAAAGGUUACUACACCACCGGAAUUAAAACAUCGAGGAAAUUAUUAAUUUAAAGCCGCGGAGUAUUUUCCCCAACAAUGAAUAAUAUUACCUCUAACUUUCUGCGAUAACACUGCAAAAUAUUUCAGAUUAUUUUUCAACCGAAUAGGCUGCGAAUUUAAUGCGAUGAUCAUGGUCACUUUCAUACCUCCGUCCGCAUUUCAUAUAUUUCAAUUCAUGGUUACAAGAUCUCCCUAAUUUUAUGUCUGAACGCAAGGCUUUUUUAAUGGUAACUUUAUUCAAGGGCAGAACUAACACUAAGCAAUAAACGGAAACUGCCUUAUGAAAAAACUUUUAAAAUUGACGCGCUGUUUUAAAGGCCUCACUGGAUCUGGAUGGGGUUAAAUACAAACGUAAGCGAAACACUAAAUAAAAUUCUCACAGAGCCACAGCCUAAAAAGGCUAAGCUGCUCUGUUGCAUCAGGAAGGCCAAACUUUUUGUCUUAAUGCUGGUCAGAGAUUCAAACAAUAUCUAAAAGCGAGUUUUUGGUUCCCUCUGAGACACCCGGAGAAUAAAAUUCUCACAGAGCCACAGCCUAAAAAGGCUAAGCAGCUCUGUUGAAUCAGGAAGGCCAAACCGUUUUACUUAAUGCUAGACGGAGAUUCAAACAAUAUCUAAAAGAAAGUUUUUAGUUCCCUCUGAGACACCCGGAGAAUAAAAUUCUCACAGAGCCACAGCCUAAAAAGGCUAAGCUGCUCUGUUGCAUCAGGAAGGCCAAACUUUUUUUCUUAAUGCUGGACAGAGAUUCAAACAAUAUCUAAAAGCCAGUUUUUAGUUCCCUCUGAGACACCCGGAGAAUAAAAUUCUCACAGAGCCACAGCCUAAAAAGGCUAAGCUGCUCUGUUGCAUCAGGAAGGCCAAACUUUUUUUUUAAUGCUGGACAGAGAUUCAAACAAUAUCUAAAAAGCCAGUUUUUAGUUCCCUCUGAGACCCCCGGAGAAUAAAAUUCUCACAGAGCCACAGCCGAAAAAGGCUAAGCUGCUCUGUUGAAUCAGGAAGGCCAAACUUUUUUUCUUAAUGCUGGACAGAGAUUCAAACAAUAUCUAAAAGCCAGUUUUUAGUUCCCUCUGAGACACCCGGAGAAUAAAAUUCUCACAGAGCCACAGCCUAAAAAGGCUAAGCUGCUCUGUUGCAUCAGGAAGGCCAAACUUUUUUUCUUAAUGCUGGACAGAGAUUCAAACAAUAUCUAAAAGCCAGUUUUUAGUUCCCUCUGAGACCCCCGGAGAAUAAAAUUCUCACAGAGCCACAGCCUAAAAAGGCUAAGCUGCUCUGUUGAAUCAGGAAGGCCAAACUUUUUUUCUUAAUGCUGGACAGAGAUUCAAACAAUAUCCAAAAGCCAGUUUUUAGUUCCCUCUGAGACACCCGGAGAAUAAAAUUCUCACAGAGCCACAGCCUAAAAAGGCUAAGCUGCUCUGUUGCAUCAGGAAGGCCAAACUUUUUUUCUUAAUGCUGGACAGAGAUUCAAACAAUAUCUAAAAGCCAGUUUUUAGUUCCCUCUGAGACACCCGGAGAAUAAAAUUCUCACAGAGCCACAGCCUAAAAAGGCUAAGUUGCUCUGUUGCAUCAGGAAGGCCAAACUUUUUUUCAUAAUGCUGGACAGAGAUUCAAACAAUAUCUAAAAGCCAGUUUUUAGUUCCCUCUGAGACCCCCGGAGAAUAAAAUUCUCACAGAGCCACAGCCUAAAAAGGCUAAGUUGCUCUGUUGAAUCAGGAAGGCCAAACUUUUUUUCAUAAUGCUGGACAGAGAUUCAAACAAUAUCUAAAAGCCAGUUUUUAGUUCCCUCUGAGACACCCGGAGAAUAAAAUUCUCACAGAGCCACAGCCUAAAAUUAAAAGGCUAAGCUGCUCUGUUGCAUCAGGAAGGCCAAACUUUUUUACUUAAUGUGGGGCAUGCACUAUCAUCUUCACAGAUCUAAUCAGUGCAAAAUUAAAUAAAGCUUUAAUCUGUAAAUCAAUUUUUGGUUUAUGAAAUUUUACUCACUUUUACUGACUGUUGAUAGCCACUGGCUUUGGCAAAUUAUAUUUUCCUGUUUUCUUAAAAGGGAUUCGAUAAAAUUGAAAAUAUCCACUACGAUCCACACUUAAAAACUGAACUCUGACUCGUUUGCGAUCAGGCUUAAGAAGUAGUGAUCUCCAUCAACAUUCUCCAUGAACAUUACACUUUCACAUUAUUAGCAGUUAUUGAGAAUUUACGAAAUGAUCGAGAGAUCAGUGUCGACCUUAAAACGCUUUUGCGCCAAAAUGAUAAUAGGUAUCCAUUUGAAGAUGAUACAAAGGAACCCAAAAUAGACUUACCAAGUUUCGGGCGAUGUUUAGAAAAUUGAAAAGGGCUGGAGAGCAUCACCGUUCAGGCUAAAUCCAGUCAGCGACCGUUAAUAAAAAUCAUUUAAGCUUACAUAAUCAACAACGACGUGAAUGCCCGAGUUUCUGACUUGACGGUCAUCUGCCACAGUCAGGAAAUCGUACGAUAUUGCUUCUCGAAUGAAUCCCUCAUUUUAAUUUCCCCAAUUCAUUAAUCCACGACCAAGUACCUUUACGAAAUCUUCUACGCACGACGAAACGCUUUCUCUGACUUCUCUGACCGCUUCCCGCUAUAUUUUCUAGCAGCUGCAAUUUAGUCCUUCUUUGAUCGCUUUAAACCCGCUUUCGUCUGCAUUUCAUCGGCGCAAGUUAAAGGCUCGUGCUAAGGUUGAAACGACAACAACAUGAUCUUUCCUCUUUGAAAAACCAAACCUUGAUGGGUUGACUCGAGCGCCAGUACUAUCUGUAGUAUCGACCAAAUCAUAACUAGCUAUAAAUAAUCGGCCCUGCUCCUUCCAAACAUCAUCUCUACAUAAAAAGCAUAAAAUUUUGACUUGCCAUGAAUUAUAUCUGUCGGUAAAACCAUUUGGUCACUGAUACUGCGUACGAGAUUACCUUUGUUUGGCAAGCGAGGGUCCAAAGACUGAAGAUGCUUUUCCCGACGAACGCGCCACUUUCAUGCCGGCUUUGAAAUUCGCGCGAGAUCGCAUUGUGAUACAAAAUAAUAGUAUCUGUCUUUCGUCUCAGCUCGUCUUCCAUCAGUGACGCCAUGGAUAAUAGUACACAAGUCAUGACAGAUUAGUGGCUAUUAAUUGAAUCCUAAUUAGGUUACGUUUUUAUAAGGACACCGGAAAUUGAAACUUCCUCCCUGUGGUGAAUUUCAAAGUCGUAUGAAUCUCGUCAUGGUAAGCAAAGCGCCUUGGCAUUCUAUCAUUUGCAUAAUAUAAGUCGGAUCCGUAGGUUUUUAAGUACAGAUACCACUAAAGCCCUCGUACAUGCGUUUGUUACCUCGCGCGUAGAUUAUUGUAAUAGUCUUUUAUAUGGCUUGCCAGCUUCUCACCUGAAUAAGGUUCAGCGCGUUAUAAAUGCCGCAGCAAGACUAGUUUGUCGCGCCCCACGCUACUGUUGCAUAACGCCGUUGCUGUACGAGCUGCAUUGGCUACCGGUUAGGCAACGCAUUAGUUUUAAGAUUGUACUAUUUGUGACCCUCCACAGGACUUUAAUGCUAAAGGUGAAAGCACGCGCACGACACGCUUUCACUUUAAAACAAAAGAAUUUAUUUUAACACGCUUUAGCACGCUUGCAAUCUUUCCUCAUUAGCAAUUUCUUUUGUUUCAGCGGACACGCUUGAGACAAUUAAGCGUGAGCAAGUCGAACAAAAGAGCGUGUUAAAGUUUUCAAACAAAAGCUCCGUGCGAAAAAGCACAACACGCCCUCAGUGUGCGCAAAAGCACGCAAGGCGUGUUAUCUAUAAGCUAAAUAAAUUUCCUCUACAAAAAGGAACCGUAAAUGAUCAUGAACGGCACCCUUUUUUGGUAACUAUCGAGAAAGAAAAAAUUAUACCCCAGCGAUAGUAUCUGAUUGAAAAAACGUUGUCGCUUGAAAAGUAUAAACAGUGAACAGUGUGACCUACUGGAUUUAUGGGUAGAACUAUAUUACAAUUGCAAAAUCAAAGUUCUUUCCAGAAAUGUUUACUGACGAAGCUGUGCAAAGGUUAUCUUAACUUUCCUUAAUUUAAAACACAUUUGCAGUUUUCUCAGAAACAGUGAUCUUUCGGACUUAAGACACUUUCUUGCCGAUCGUAGCAAUCGUGAUCAAAUAUAAUAGAAAUCAUCAAGUGCCAGGAUCACUAAAUUCUAUUUAUUUUUUAGCGAUUGCAAGGAUCGUAGUGAUCAAAUAAAAACCAGCCUGCUUUUCUAGAUGCACCAAAAUUCCAAAACGUUUCCAACGUUGCUUAAUUGAUCCGGCCGACAAUAACACAAAAAGCGAAACAUCAGUUAAUUAAUGACUGUUUCACCGCUUUUUGAAUAGUAAGCAAAAAAUGUAUUUUUUAACAGAAUUCCGAAAUUGUAUGGUGCUUUUUUGUUUGAUUCUUUGUUUUUGCCACGAUAAUACGGCCUGUUUAGAGUACUAAAGUUCGAUCCGAGAAUUAAAUCUCUGUCAGUCACACACUGAGAAAAGAGAAAAAGAACUAAAUUAAAAGUAGUCCGCGUGAAAUUCUUGAAGGCAAUCAUUUGUUCCAUAAAGUUCGGUCAUUGAAUUAAUUCAUCGAGCUCGAUCUAAAGGGGUGACGGUCAAGCUACUCGAAAGUGAUGUCGUUUGAAGUUAUAUCGUCCAAAACCUGAUAAUAUGAGUUUUGUCGCCCAAAAUUCAAAGAAAAGUCGCCAGCAAUCCUCCCUCAUUCUACAGUGUUUUUAGUUUACAGAUUCUUGUUUUUUUCGUCCUGUGAAGAACGAGAUAUAGUACACGUUUACAGCGCUUGAUUCGUCUUAGCAUAGCGUAACGAGAUAUCUUUACAUAAAUUAUGAUUGAUAGCGCUUCGUUCGUCAGGGGUACCUGACGGCGAUUUCCUCCUAAAUGCAUCCUAGCAUCCUAGGACAACUUCAGUCUUUUCGAAAUUACAAGGGCUUCAGCAUUAUUUUCCGAAAAAUUUAGCUUCCAAUUGAAAGUUUUAGGAAAGUGAGAAUUUUAUCGUAUUUUCGGUUCCGAAAAUUUUAGGAUUCCUUAAUUCUCUACGAAAAAUAGCUUAACUGGGGAAUGAAAUGGAAAAAAUUAAACUUCAGAAAAUCGUAAGGAAACUAUUAGAUAACCUUCGAAAAUUGUACAUACAUGGAACGGUCAUCUAGAAAUGUUUAGCCUUCCUCAACCUAUAGAAAAUUCUAGGCAGUUUUUGUUUCUCCGAUCUAAUUACCUUCGUUCGUCUCAGCAUGGCUUAAAGAAAUAUAUUAAACUAAUUUAUUCAACUUCAUUUCUCUGUGCAUUACUGCUAAUAUAUAUUCCGGUGGCAUAACUAUGAUUUUCAGGCGACAUAACUUCAGUGCCUCGCAUGCGAUAGCAGGCCUCUUUGCAAUUCCGGUCAACGGCCGACAGCCGGAGGAAUUGGUUUACACUGAUCUCGCGUUAAUUCCAGGCUAGACCACCAUUAAGUCGUGAUUUUCAAAUGGCCACGGUUACUAUCAAAUUCCAAAACAGUCUCAAUUGGUAUAUUUGAUUCACUUCGACCAGUUAUCAAUGCUGAUUAAAUCCGCUGAAAAGCCAAGCCAUUUUUAUCAUCUCCGCAGUUUUAGUAAUCAAGCGUGUUCAGCGUCUUACCCAAAUUGCUAUAAUUCGCACACUUACCGUGACAUAUGGCACGCUACAAAAAAACAAAAGGUCUAGCGUGUUAAAUUUGCCAAAACAAAGGCAAGUGUGUCCGUCUUUGUUUUUUCAAUUUAAUAUGCGCAUAUCCGUGAUCUACGGCACGCUAAGCGUGUCGUGCAAGCGUGUCGUGCGCGUGCUUUCACCUUUAGCAUCAAAUUCCUGUGGAGGGUCACAUUUGUUUUUAAGGCCAUCCAUGGAUUCGUGCCAACGUAUUUAAGAGAGCUUGUGUCGAUUAAAAGAUCAGGAAAUUAAAAUUUAAGAUCCUCCUCGGAUGGUUUGCUGCUUGCAACGCCAACCUAUAGAAGUAGGGUUACAUUAGGAGACAGAUCAAGCCAGGUCGCAGCUCCGGCACUCUAGAAUGUAUUACCGCGUGAGAUUCGUUCUAUUACAGAUCUAGGGAUUUUAGACUGCUAUCUGAAAACCCACCUCUUUAGGGAAGCUUUUUAUUAAUUUUUAUCACGAGAAUUACUAAUAUCUUAACAUAUGUUGUUUAUUUUAAUUUUAUUAUAGUAUAUUUUAAAUAAUUAUUAGUUAGAUACCCUGUAUUAAAUUAUUAUAUUCAUGGAAAAAAAAAGAUAUUCAAAAAAAUACUUCGUUAACAUCACGGGCCAACAUCGGGUAAUAUUGGACGGUAAUAUAAAGGAAAGAGGGAGAAUGACUUUUUAACUCUUUCAGUUAAUAGGCACUCAGUAGCUGAACACAAUAUCUUUGUAUCAGUAAUAAGACGAAAGACUGCAGGUCCUGUUAAUAAAGAAUAGAGAAAAUUGAUGUUUUUGAAAAAAUUUCUUUUAAGAUGCCAAGAGGAAAACUUCGACCAUAGUCAAUUCCCUUGUUGACAUUCUUAUGUCUUCGGUGGAAAACACGGAAGUUGUCGAUAAAGCAACAACUGCUAUAGCAGCGACUAAAAAGACGAGCCUGGUACAACGAUUUGUAAACGCUCUCUUUUCAAAUGGCGAUGGAAACAGUCAUGAAGAUUCAGAAGACAAAUUUCAAAUUUCUGAAGUCACAUCAGGAGCGUCAAGUAAUCAAGAGAAACCCGGAAGCGGUAUGUAGAAUGGUGUUUGCGUUGCUUUUACAUUAUCUAUGGGGGGAUAGUGUUUCUGGCUUUAAAUGUAAAUAUUUAUGAUGUUCAAUGGAUGCAUCAUCAACAUUAGUUGAAUUGACGUAAAUAAACGUCAUUUAAAAAGGAAACCUCGGCUUAGCGGUGAUUAAAACCAUGUCAGCGGUCGCACUAUGAUAUUCGAUUUAACUGUCAUAACUAUCAUAAAAUGCAACUCAAGUAAUCCUAGUAAGAUUUAGAAAACAUUUAGGCAAAAUUUACAAGGGACGAGAAUCCUCAGGCUUUCUGGUAGUUCAAGUGAAAUGACGCCAUUGCACGAAGUCUAUUGUCAUUUCUCCUGUAGAUCUGAUGACCCAGGUAGCAAGACUGGACCAGGAUCGCAAAAAGAGUCUCGUCUUUCGCUUAGUAGAUGCGCUUCUUAAUAAAGAGAGUCAAAGACAACCAGAAGCGACUAGCAUUACGGCCGAAGAAGGGCAAGUGGAUCUUGAAAAGGAAACUAACAAGCAGAAUACGAACAUUUUUGAAGACGCGACAGAUUGUACUGUAUGGUAAGCGUUUAUCUUGAGUUGAACACCCGCUUUUUCCAAGUGCCCACGUAACGGUUCCUGAGUACAAAAGCAAGACCCUAUUCUUAGGCUUCAAAGUGGUCACAACGACCUACGCGCACAAGUUUUCUGUUACUUCCGUGGCAAUCUACUGCUAUGGAUACCUGCAUUACUCACGGCUACGCUAACGUUUUAAAAUGACGUCUGACAGAGCAAAUUGGAGUAAAUAUGUGCACGUUAUAACACAAUUUUAUAUCGUACCCAGGAACUAGUAUCCAGACACCAAGAGUGAUUACAUAGCAUAAGGUGACGUGCAUAAAGUGGCAGUUGUUAUGAAAGGUUGAGGGCUUUCCAAUCAGUUCCCAUCUACAGCCUCAUCACCCACUACACCUCUUAGAGUUUUGUACAUCGCCAUCUUGCACCUGAAAGAGUCUUGUAUCGCGGCGUAUUUUAUUUCCUUUAUUUUUUAGUUUUCCCAGUGAGUUAAUCUUUGCUCAUAUUACUGACAGGAACGGAACGAAAAAUACAGAAAUAAUGGAGGGAAAUGAAGAUCAUAAUAUGAAAACAAGAGAAGAUGAUUUCAAUGGUGCUGACAGAGGAUAUAGCCGGCGUCGGAGAAGAGGCAUGUCUUUGGCUCCAGAGGAAGCCUGCAAGCUUGGAAUACACAACCUUGGUUACCAAAAUGAAACCUGUGGGCUGGAGAUGAGAACAAUAAACGAAGAAGAGGCCAUUGAGCCUGUCCGUGAAGGCGAUGCAAUUAUCCAUGGUUUCGAAAAACAAAUGUCACCUUUUACAGAAACAAAACCGGGCAAAAAAGUGAGUUUCUCUGUUCCAGAAAGGAAUGAAGUCCGUAAUUCAGCAAUUUAUCCUCUUCAGAAUUCAGAGAUAACAGCAUUUUCAGAUAAAGAGACGCAAAGAAAACUGAGCUUAUCUGAGCUGGAAGAGAACGGAUCUGAGAAAAAAGAGACGGGAGAUGAAUCCAAUGAUAAAUCGUGUAAAUCUGCGAUUACUGGAGGAUCUGAAAAGAGGAAACCAAAGACGACGAGGGAUUGGUUGAAGACUCCUGGUGUUUACAAGGUUGGCAUCUCUUAAUGUGUCCAAUGGCAUUUUUGUUUUUUAAUUUCACUUUAAGUCUUAUUGGUAUAUCCCCUUAUGAAAUGACUUGCCUUUAAAGCAGCUGCAAGAUUGACGUGUGGGGAUCACAUCAUUUGUAAAUUUACCGAGUCAAUUAUAUAUACCGAAAGGCUAACCUUUGCCAACACCUUAAGAUACCUGAAUAGCGUACCGUUUAACAAUAUUGGUUAAGUCUCGUGUCAGUUUAGAACCUUAUGCAGUUCACACAAACAAGUAAACAACAAAUUACAUUUUUCUGUCAAAAAUGCAAUCACUUAAUACAUUAAUUGGACCCAAAGAAGGCUGUAAGGUAUUAGCCCUGUUUAAAACAAAAUCGUACUAAAAAAUAAAGUCAUUGACAAAUUAAUUUCCCGAGUUCAUUUCAUUAAUUAGGUCGCCGUUAUCAUCACGUGUUCUCGCCUUGUGCAGGAUGCGGUUUAUGCAUAUUUGCCGUUGUACUUGACAGAAAGACUGGGCUUUGGGCAGGUAAGACGAAUAAUUUUGCACCCUUUUUGCCAAUGUGUUAAGAAGUAUCUUCCAUCAAUGGUUCUACGAUCAUCACACCGUUCGCUAAUUUAUACACCCCAGCCUUAAAAUCUAAACUAAUAUAGCCUUUAUUCUUAACAUUAUUUUUCGAAGUAUUUUAACUUUGUUAUAUACAAAACUGCCUGUUAUAUCACUGUCCGCUAGGACUAGAGAUCUUUUUAUUUAUUCUAUUCUUAUUCAUGUAAAGCCCAUUGAAGUCAGAAAUGCGCUUAAAGACAACAGUACCUCUAUGAUAGACUGAAUGUUUCAAUGUGAUAGCAUCCACACCGCUUAUUCAUAAAGGGGUCAUUAACCCGUAAAUUUGUUCACUGUCAGAGAGCUUGAUGGAGUUUUAUAAGGUGACUCUUACUUUUGAGUCUGUGGACGAAAUCCUGUGAUGUUACCAUUCAAAUGAAAGAUCUCUGCCUGUUCUUUCACAUAAGUCUAUUUGUUUGUCAAAAUUUCACAAAAUGAAAUUUGAACGUUUGGUCGAAUUUCCUUUUUUGCUAAAUUUGGCAGUGAAUUAAGGUUAAUUUUCUUCUCAUUUCAUUUUACUUUGAGCUUUUUGUCGAUUCUUUUGCAGCAAUCCAUUGCCUAUUUUCCCAUUGUUCUUCUUGUUAGCGGAGCAAUAGGCAGCACUAUUUCAAAUAAACUUAACUCCAAACUGGGAAACAUGGUAAGCGGCUUUUCCCUCCUUUCAAUUUUUCUAUACAUGUAACAAGUUGAAUAGUUUAACUGAUAAUAAAUUAAAAAUAAGGGAGUAACAAAAUAUUUGCAACUUGCACUGCUAAGCGAGACGAUCUCCUUACCGGCUUUUAUCGGGGCUCCCGCUGAGCAAACCCAGCCGCUCGCUCCUGACUUUGAUCUGUAUUUGAUAUCUUUCCUCAGGGAACUUACCUCAUUGGUUCACUUCUCGUGAUUGGUGCAUCUUUAUACUAUUAUUUCCAAACCACUGACUUGAAACUGUUCACAUAUGCGCCCGUAAUCCUAACCGGCAGCGGCAUGUCCAUCAUGUACGUCAUGGCUCUGACGUUCGCCGCAGAACUCGUCAAAGCAGACAAGGUGCGCCUACGCAAACAUUGUAUGGAAAUAGAGUAAUGACCGUAAUUUAAGACAAAGCUAUUUGAUUUUACAAAAUUUAACCUAAAUACUUUGGUCAAGAUAAUUGAAUUACCACCCGCCCUCUGACUGUUUAAAAAACUGAGAUACUAAAGAAAUUCUCAUUGGUCAAAAUAACUGGAAAACCAACGCGCGUUCUAAGUGGUCGAAAUAACUGACAGACGACAAGCGCUCUUAUUGGUCAAAUAACUUAAAGUCACAUGCCUAUUGACUGGUCAAAAUAACUGAGACGCUACAGGUGUCCCCACCUGGUUAACAAACUGAUGAAAAUACUUAGCUCGUUCUGAUUGGAUUAAAACAAUUGUAUAAUAUAAGAGCCUCGUAGCCAAAAUCCAACUGUAUAAGUUCUUUUAGCUAUAGUCACUCUCUUAAAAUAAAACGUCAAGACAUAAAGGCAAAAUCUAUGCAGACCCGUUUCCAACUUGCUUUCGUAAAUAGAUUUCCGGUUAACCGGAAUACGCAUGAAAGACCGUGGAAAUGGACUCGUCUCCCUUUAACUUAGACUUUAUAUUAGAGUGCCACAAUUAACUGAUAAAGAGUCCACUAUGAUCGAACUAUCAGAUCAAGAGAUCAGGCGCGGCUAUUUAUAAACACAGCCAUCUCCUAAACUUUCAACAUAUAAAGCUACCAGCAGGUUAAACGUACAUGCGUUUUUUUUAAAAGUAUCUGAAACAGUUGUGCUGUCUUUUACAGGAAACUAGUGGUUCGGCAUUCGCCAUCAUUAUUUUUCUAGGGAGAAUAUCCAGCGGUGGUUUGCUGAUGGCUAUACAAGAGUUUUAUCCAGAAAAGGGGUGAGAUUAUAAGUAGAUCUCCUAUCUUAAUUUGGAAAAUCCAUAUUUUUGCGGUCGGGUGCAAAAUUGAAUUUAAUUAAGUGCCGAUUUCUAGAAACGUUUGUUCUCGGCUGGAUCUUUACUGUUUUCUCUGUUUUGAUGCAAGGAAAGGCUGCAGAUUGCCAUGGUUACGGGUGGCUAGAAUAAACAUGAUUUGGGUGAUUAAAAUGUCCCGCUACCUUGAUGCGUCUACGGUCAUUUCUGAGGCAUAUACUAAAAGCUGCCCCUUUUUAUUCCUAGUUCGUCAAGCAAAAAGCGCGCAAGAAAAAAUGCCUGGAGGGCGAUUUUUAGUUCUUUAUAAUUAUUAUAUUUUAUAGCUCUACGUCCAAAUUGAGUGAAAGCGACUACGUGCAUCAUGUAUUUUCUGUAGUUCCCGCUCUAUUGGCGCUUGCUGGCUCGCUGAUGGUUUUAUUCUUCCGUCCACCGUCAUGUCGUACAAAAAGAGAUUGGUACGGUUUCAAAGCUUCCCAUGCAAUUAUGUCUUAUCAUCAGCUAAGUUGGUUAGGAUGUAGCUUCUGUACAAUAUUUUUUAAUAAACACAAUCAAUAUGAAAAAAAUCAUCUCUGGACACUGAUCAAUGUAGUUUGUAAAUGAAAUUAUGAUCGAAUUUCAUCUCCUUUGCUAGGCCGCCCUGUAUGGAUUGUUUUACAUCAGCCUUUCAGCCUAAUGCUGUCGUAUGCUUGUGCUAUAGAUAUAUAAUGUUAAGAGGCCGUUUCUUUCAAUUUAACUAGCCUGCCAAAACAGCCGUUUCACCUCGCUCCACCCCGCUUGGGACGUUUCGCCAGAAGAGACCCUCCUGGAGAAACGUCCCAAGCGGCGAGGAUUGGCUGUUUUGGCAGCCGGACUAAAAUAAAUUAACAGGCAUCAAUUUCAGUUAGUUUUGCAUUUCUUUUGCCCAAAUAUACAUUAUGGUUGUAUCUAGAGGGGGCCAAAGGGGAGGCACGCCCUUCACUCUUUUUUUUCUAAAAUUACUUGUUCUAUAGAAUUUUAAGCUGAGUUUUUCUUCAAAAAACUUUAUCACUAUGCACUCAGAGUUUUUUCUAAAUUUUCUGGAUCUUACAUCCCUGGCAUUGAUCGUGUACGGAAACGGAACAAGGGGAGCAGUGAGCAGUUCAUGGGGGCGUUUAUAUUUAUGUCUCCAUGAAACAACCUCAGUCUUUAAUAUUCUUAAUUAAUCUAUAAUGCCUCCUAGUUAGAUUAGCUUUUUAGCUAUUUUCCAGGUGGCUUGUACCUUACAUAAGUAGUACUGUCUGUUUUUUAAUGUCUUUUUUGUCGGUGUGUGGUAUAAAUAAAAUUGCUGUCUUGUCUUGUCUAACAAACGCGUUGUUCAUUUUAGGAGCAUCUAAUAAUUAUCUAUUCAUUGUAAACGGCACACUGCUUGUUUUAUUUGUUUGUUUGUUUGUUUUUCUUGUAGAAUAUUCACUUGAUGAAAACGCUCAAGUUCGUGAUCAAUCCGAAGCAAGUCACGUUCAAUCAUUCAACGUUGUCGUAGAACCUGAGAGAGAUUAG